AUGGAGGACGCAAGCUCUAUCGAUUCGAUUUUGGAAUUUCUGCGGCGAAAUCGUUUCAUGAGAGCAGAAUCCGCGUUGAUUAGUGAGCUCUCCAGUAACCGAAGCUCAAAUGGGUGUCUUAAAAAUCUCAACUUUGAGAGCAGUAAUGGCGUGAGCAUGGUUUCGGAUAAGAAGCAAGCAGAGAGUAGCCGAGCAUUGCCCCGUCAAAACGACAAUCACACAUCUGAUGAAUUGGUUGUGAAAGAGAUACAAUGUGGAGCUGCUGCCAAUACCUUACAUGAGAGUAAUCAUAUGAACGAUGUCUCUGUUCAGGCGCAAAGCGGCUCUGGUGCUAAUGCAUCAGGUUUCUGGGAGGAGAGAUUCACGUUUUCUGAAGAUUUAGUGGAUGAUACUGAGCUUGAUUUACCUCCCUGGAAUCAUGCUUCUUCUGCUGAUGACGUUGUAGCUGACUCUGAGGUGUACAGUAUCGGUCCAAGUAAAGGAGGCUUUGUGAAUCCACAGGGAUCAAAGCAAUGGAGUUAUGAAGAGGUUUUUGAGUGUGUUAAAUCUGCAAUACCAGAAAAUUUUAUCUCCCCAUCAUGGCCAAAUAUUGGUGCUCCAUCAGACAACUGGAAGGACUGUUCUGUUACAACUGUGUAUCCAUUGUCCAAAGGAAGCACGUCCACAAAAGAUAAUGGUGUUGUACCCACUUUAGAUAAAAGGCAAGGGAAGAAAAAAGUUGAGGCGAGUGGUUCCAGGAUUGCUAUUAAGGAGCAGGAAGAUGAUUUGGCAACAGCUCUGUACCUUGGAAAGUCACAGUCUGGUUAUGAACAUGAGAAGCUAAGCAGCUUAGCAUUUUCGAUGGCCCGUGAUGGUCCGAGGGAAGACUUACCAAUGCUGCCGUAUGUAAAGAUCAAGUCAGAGGAUAAAUCGAUGAACUUUACUUGGGAAGAAAAACAUGAGCGUGACAAUUUGGAAGAGAAGCUUAAUACUGAGAAUGGUUUCCUCAUUGGCUCUUAUCUUGAUGUUCCUAUUGGUCAAGAAAUCAAUUCAUCAGGUGGCAAAAUAGCUGGUGGAGGAAACUGGUUAUCCGUAAGUCAGGGACUAGCAGAAGAUGCAUCUGACUUGAUUUUUGGCUUUGGCAAUGGACUAGAUGAUCUCGGUGAACAUUCAAAUGAGUAUUGGGACUCUGAUGAAUACGACGACGAUGAUGACGUUGGUUACAUUAGGCAACCAAUUGAGGAUGAGGCGUGGUUUUUGGGUCACGAAGUCGACUAUCCUAGCGAAAAUGAUAAAGGCACAGAGCAGGGGAGUGUUCCUGAUACGCAGGAUAAAAGCCAAACCAAGAAUGAUGAUGAUGGUAAUUCAUUUGCCGAGGAGGAUUCUUAUUUCUCCGGUGAGCAAUACGUGCUAGGAAAAGGCGUUGAGCCAGUUACCGCUUCAGAUGAUCCCAUGGGCCUCUCAGUGACUGAAACAUACAGAAGGACUAAGGAACCUGAUUUGGCUGCUCGAUAUGACGGGCAGUUGAUGGAUGCAACGGAGCUAAGUAUGAUGGGCUCUGAACCUGUGUGGCAGGGACUUGUCACCCAUGAAAAUGAUAUGAUUUUGUUGACCAAAGGGAAAGUGGAGGAUGACCGUGGUAGAUUCUGUACAAAGGAUGUCCGCGCAGAAGAAGAUCGAAAUGCUGCAGUUAGGUCAAUUGGUGUAGGAAUCAGCGAUGAUGUUGAUGACAAUGGGAGUACAGGACCUGGUUUUUUUCCUGGAGAAGGUAGUGAAUGGGAUUUGGAGCUUCUUCCUCAUCGCCAAGUUGGUAUUGCUGGUGUCAAGCCUCCACCUGGUAAAGGUGCAAGUAUGCAGCUUAAAAGCUUUGCAAAUGGUGGUUUCUCUUUUCCCUCUCCAGUACCUGAUGGACAGGUCUCCCAUGAAGAUUCUGCAAACCAUUGCAAUGCUGCUGUGAGAAAGGAAAGUUAUGGGCCAAAGGGGCUAAUUGAGUCCAAUAGUAUGGAUGCUACUUCGACAAAAAGACGCAGCGACUCUUUCUCUGAAGGAAUUUUAAGAGAUAGGGAUGGUGAGAAGGUUGCAAGUUCAAGAAAUUCUUCCCCAUCUGUACUCUCCCAUAGUUCUUGUACUAGGAGGGAGCACUGCAAGGAUGAAGAUGAGGAAGAAACCAGUCAUGGGCCGGAAGAAGAUACGGGAACCUUGUUUGAGGAUGAAGAUGCAAUCGUGGUCCAAGAGCAAGUAAGACAGAUUAAAGCCCAAGAGCAGGAUUUUGAGACCUUCAAUUUGAAGAUUGUUCACAGGAAAAACAGGACUGGUUUUGAAGAGGACAAGAGCUUCCAUGUGGUUUUGAAUUCUGUCAUAGCUGGUCGUUAUCAUGUCACUGAGCAUCUUGGAUCAGCAGCUUUUAGCAAAGCAAUACAAGCACAUGACCUCCACACAGGCAUUGAUGUCUGUGUAAAGAUCAUAAAGAACAACAAAGACUUUUUUGACCAGAGCCUUGAUGAGAUCAAACUUCUCAAGUAUGUCAACCAGCACGAUCCCGCUGACAAGUACCAUAUCCUUCGACUGUAUGACUACUUCUACUUCCGGGAGCACCUGUUAAUAGUAUGUGAACUUCUCAAGGCAAACUUGUAUGAGUUCCAAACGUUUAAUAGGGAAUCAGGUGGAGAGGUUUAUUUCACAAUGCCAAGAUUGCAGUCAAUUACUAUCCAGUGCUUGGAAGCAUUGCACUUUCUGCAUGGUCUAGGCCUUAUACACUGCGACUUAAAACCUGAAAACAUACUAAUCAAAAGCUACAGCAGAUGCGAAAUCAAAGUUAUUGAUCUGGGAAGUAGCUGUUUUGAGACAGAUCAUCUUUGCUCCUAUGUCCAGUCUAGAUCCUACCGUGCUCCAGAAGUCAUCCUUGGGCUUCCAUAUGAUAAAAAGAUAGACAUCUGGUCACUUGGCUGCAUUUUGGCAGAACUGUGCACCGGCAACGUUCUUUUCCAAAAUGAUUCUCCGGCUACUUUGCUUGCUAGGGUCAUCGGUAUAAUCGGAUCCAUUGACCAAGAAAUGCUUGCCAAAGGACCUGAUACAUGCAAGUACUUCACCAAAAAUCAUUUGUUAUACGAGAGGAACCAGGAGAGCAACAAUUUGGAGUACUUGAUACCUAAAAAGUCAUCGCUAAGGCGUAGACUGCCAAUGGGUGACCAAGGCUUCAUAGAAUUUGUGACACACUUACUCCAAGUUGAUCCAAAGAAACGACCUUCUGCAUCUGAAGCUUUGAAGCAUCCAUGGUUGACAUAUCCCUACGAACCCAUAUCUCCCUGA